AUGGGCAGUGGCGAUCCUUAUGGCCGACAACUUGAUGGCAUGGGCGCGGGGAUAUCGAGUCUCAGCAAAAUAUGCCUUGUAGAACCCUACGGGAGGAGGAUUGCCCUACCUGAAAGAGGCACCCGUUUCCGUACUGGAUUUGGCGGCAUUGAUGCAGCACGUGAGAGUGCGCAGGUUGCACAAACCCAGGAAGAGGCACAGGGGGUGGAGGAAGAGCAGAAUCUGGACAUUGAUUACACCUUUGUUGGCUUGGGUAUUGAAAAUGACGAAGUUGACAUCGCAGGCAACUGUGGAAACAUGAGUAGUGCGAUUGGUCCCUAUGCUUACAAUGCUGGACUUCUCCCAGCCAGAAUAUAUGCUCAAGGUGAUGGAGAGGUCACUGUCAAGAUACGGAACACGAAUACUGGGAAACUGAUCGAUUCCACCUUCGAGGUCAUCGGAGCCGAGGCUGCUGUGGCAGGCGACUACAAAAUUGACGGUGUGACCGGAUCUGGCUCCAAGAUCAAGUUGGACUUCAAACACCCAUACGGUAGCAAGACCGGCAAAGUACUACCAACUGGUAGGAGGGUAGACAAAGUUGGGGGCUACAGAGUGUCUUGCGUGGAUGGUGCAAACCCAUGUGUCUUCAUCCGAGCAGACGAUGUCGGUGUGGAUGGCACGAUACUACCUAACGAUUUCAAUAAACUCCCAGAGAAGCUUGCAUUGCUCGAAAGCAUACGUAAGACCGCUGCCGUUGCCAUGGGUAUUGCGCCUACGGAAGACGACGUUCCUCGUACCAUACCCAAGAUCGGUCUCGUAUCCCAAUCGUCUUCGCAUCCUGUGUUGUCAGGGCAAACACUCAAGUCAUCGCAGAUGGAUAUAGUCCUCCGAUUUCUCUCUGAUACACAACCUCAUCGAGCAAUUCCCUUGACUGCUGCGUUGACAUCAGCAGUCGCUGCGCGUAUUCCCGGCACCAUCGUUGAGCAAAUGCUGGCCCCUGAACCUCUGAUGGAGGGCGCAAUCACGAUAGGUCACGCAAGCGGUCGACUGCAGGUCAACGCCACUAUGGGUACAGAAAACAAGCUUUACCCUGUCAGUGGCACGGUAUUCAGAACUGCGAAGAGGCUGUUCGAAGGAAAAACAUUCUGGUCGGACAAGACUGACAAGAGGGAAGAGGCUACGAAAAGUGACAGCCUGUACGGGAGCAAUGGUAAACAUUCCCUGGGCCUAGCU